AUGGCUUCGACACUAAUGAAGAUUCCGUUCAUUUGGGCUGCUAUGUUCGCUCUUCACGUUGCAGCUACGCCUCCCAACCCUCCGGCUUCCAAGGAAGAGCGUACGCUUUCGACAAAGCAUGAAAGCUUCAUGAACAAACACUUCGGGCGCGCUGUUGUCGAAAUUUUAUGUCUCAUCGGAGCCACCGCAGAGACGAUAUGUAUUCUAGCCACCCAGGCGCCCUUGUCCUCUACGACGCAAGCCCUCCUCACCUUAUGCUCCCCCAGCGGCCCCGCCUCCGCUUACCGCAUCGCCCUCUCCCCGGCCUUCUUCUGGGGCAUCCUCAUAUGCGUCUUUGGCGGCUUCAUCCGCUACAAGUCAUACACCGCCCUCGGCCCCAUGUUUACCUUCGAAGUAGCCAUUCGCGACAACCACAAACUCAUCACCCACGGACCCUACGCGUACAUUCGACACCCCAGCUACAUUGGUGUCCCCUUGACGGUCCUGGGUAUCGCAAUAUACCACGCGUCGCCGGGCUCGUGGUUCAGAGAGUGCGACGUGCUACGCACGAGGGGAGGCAUGGCAGCCGUGGCCGUAUUUGGGGUGUUGAUGUCGCUUAUUAUCAGCGGGUUGAUGAAGAGGGUCGAGAAGGAAGACGAGAUGUUGAGGCAGAAGUUCGGCAAACAGUGGGACGAGUGGGCGGAACGAGUUCCGUACAGGUUGAUUCCUAUGGUUUACUGA